AUGACCGUCGCGAGCCUAGUCACAGUGGACAAGGACCAGGAGCAGAGACACCGUUACAGUGGAGGUGGUGCAAUAAGGGCACUGGACAAUAAGGGCCCAUCUACUGGGAAUGGAUACUGUACAGACCAAAGGCUUAGACCGAGAUCCCUGCUCGAAACUACACAUAAGAAGGAAAAGGGAGUCAGACAAGCGACGGAAUGGUUCGGGCAAACUUUCCAAGAGAUCAGCGUGCAGAGCGACGAGCGGCACAGUCAGACACGCCUCGGACGCCUCACGCAACAAGAAAACAACCCCAGGCAGUACUGCGCGGCCACAGAGGCGGUGUCGUCGCUACUUCAUCGAACAUUAGGGUAG